AUGAGUGGCACGAUCGUCAUCUCGCCUCGACCCUCAGAGGAGAUCGAGCAGCUCAGCGACAUUCCAACACGAAGGAGCGAUGCAUCGGCAGAGCUCGGCGCAUCUGGAAGCUUCCAGGGCGCAGGGAAGCUCUCGAGGGUGCCGCCUCCGCGCAUUCAGAGCUCGGACUUCGACAUCCCAGCGGUCGCAUCCAUGCCAGCAUCGGGCUCGCUCCCAACUAUGCUGAGCGCAAGCAGCUCGCUCGGCGGCCAGAGCUUCGGCGCGCAAAGCCUUCCGUCCAGCGGAAGCAACCAGCGAUCUCCGCGGGGAUCCGUGAAUGGCGACUUGGUCUCCUCAACCAGCAACAACAGCGUCUCGGACCACAGCCGCUCGAGCUUCAUGCCGCCCGUAGCUGGGCUGUACAACGCUUCGGCCAGCAGCUCUUCUGCGCAUCUUGCGCUACGAUACCGCAAGCCGUUUGCGCAGCGCGUUCUGCAGGAUGGCGAGAAGGUGGACAAGCCGUGGCUGGACGACAAGAAGCGCAAGUCGUCGGACCGCAAGGCGUACUGGAUCUUCAACAUCUCGCUUUCGCUCGGGCUGAUCGGCGCGGCGGUGCUCAUGUACUUUGCCUACGCCGCGGUCCCCAAGGACAAGUACUGCCUCGUGCUCGAUGAGCAGUUUGAGGGCAACACGAUCAACAAGGACAUCUGGUUCCACGAGCAAGAGACUGGUGGAUUCGGCAACGGCCAAUUCGACUGGACCUCGGACUCGACCAACAAUUCGUUCGUCGAGGACGGCAAGCUGUACAUUGUGCCCACGCUCACGUCUGAUGCUCUGGGAGAGGCGGCCAUCAUGGAUGGGUAUGCGCUCAACUUGACGCUCUCGGGCACGUGCACUGCCUCGAACAAGACGGAUCCGAGCUGCGCCGUGGCAUCCAACAUCACCAAGGGCGUCAUCUUGCCGCCGGUGCAGUCGGCUCGACUGAUGACCAACUUUUCGCGCACGAUCAAGUACGGACGCGUCGAGGUCAAGGCACGCAUGCCUACGGGCGACUGGAUCUGGCCGGCGGUUUGGAUGAUGCCAAAGGACUCUGUGUAUGGUCAGUGGCCACGAUCUGGCGAGAUUGACAUCUUUGAGGGCCGGGGCAACGUGCCCACCAAGCGUGACAGCCGCGGUACCAACCAGAUGCAGUCGAGUCUUCACUUUGGCCCCAACUUCUUGUUUGACGGAUACGGAUUUGCGACCAAGGCGCGCAACCUGUGGCGCGACUGGUACAACCAGGGCUCGCACACUUUCGGACUCGAGUGGACCGAGAAGCAGAUCUACACGUGGGAGCACUCGCCCGUGUUCAAGAACCUCCAGGUGAACUACGACGAUGGCUUUUGGAAGCGCGGCAAGUUCCCGAGUCAGAUGGCCAACGGAACGCUGCUUUCCAACCCCUGGGCUGCGGUGCAGGGCAAAGAUGCUAGCAUCGCGCCGUUUGACCAGGAGUUCUACCUCAUCCUCAACGUCGCUGUCGGCGGCACCAACGGCUACUUUGAGGACGGCCUGGGCGACAACAAGCCGUGGUCCAACGACGCGGAAAAUGCCCGCGCGCAGUUCUGGGAGUCGCGCGACAGCUGGCUGCCCAGCUGGCCCAAGGAUCCCAAGCAGCGCGGCAUGGAGAUCGAGUACGUGAAGAUGUGGCAGAAAUGCUAA